GGCGCGCCCCCGCGAGCCCCCCUCCCGCUCGGCGCGCGACCCUGCCGCUUCGAAUGUUGUGAAUCAAAUGUGGGAUUUGUUACAUUCCGCCGCCGCCGCGGACAGUUCUUAAAGGGCCAGCCGCCGGCAGCCGCACCAGCAAGCCGCGUCCUGCGCCGCCUCCCGCUCCCCGAGGGCCUGGGCCGAGAGAGACUGACCGCGCGUGGGCCUCGCGAGGCAGACGCCGUCGGGCGGACAACAAAGAGAGAGGGCCCCGGAAGGAGCCGGGCUGCCCCCGGACAGGGGGUGGGGUGGGGAGCACAUUGUUCCGCAGGGCGGGGGCUCUUAAAGGGUCCAGGCAGCCGCCCCCUCGCCCCCCGGCCCGGCUUGGCCAUCCUAGACGGGGAACAAAGGAGUCAACGUGUGGCCGGGCGGCCGAAGGGUUGUGAGCCCCGGCCCAGCCCCUCCACCCCCGUAUCCCCCUGAUGCGACCAUGGGCACUGGCAGUGACUAGGUGGCCACCCUCUGCCCCUGUGGGUCAGCGGCGCGUCUCUGCAGGACCCGGCAGCGCUCCAGGCCAGCUCUGGGCAAGCCCCGGCCGCGAGGGCCCCCUGGCCAGCCCGCCUGCCCAGGAUGAGCGCUUCCCCUCCCAGCAGCCGCUGCCCCGACCACCACACCUCCCCGUAGCGGAGCGCCGAGCCUCGGCUCCUGCCGGCGGGAGCCCCCGGAUGCUGCACCCGGCCACCCAGCAGAGCCCGUUCAUGGUGGAUCUCCACGAGCAGGUGCACCAGGGACCCGUCCCUCUGUCCUACACAGUCACCACAGUGACGACCCAAGGCCUCCCCUUGCCUGCAGGCCACCACAUCCCUGGCUGCAGCGCCCAGCAGCUCCCAGCAUGCUCCGUGAUGUUCAGCGGGCAGCACUACCCCCUCUGCUGCCUCCCGCCCCCACAGCUGAUCCAGGCAUGCACCAUGCAGCAGCUCCCUGUGCCCUACCAGGCCUACCCCCACCUCAUCUCCAGUGAGCACUACAUCCUGCACCCUCCGCCGCCAGCCCCGCCCCCUCAGCCCACCCACAUGGCGCCUCUGGGGCAGUUCGUGUCGCUGCAGACCCAGCACCCCCGUUUGCCCCUCCAGCGGCUCGACAACGACGUGGACCUGCGGGGGGACCAGCACCCUCUGGGGAGCUUCACCUAUUCCACCUCUGCCCCCGGCCCAACCCUGUCCCCCUCGGUGCCCCUGCACUACCUGCCCCACGACCCGCUGCACCAGGAGCUGUCCUUUGGGGUGCCGUACUCCCACGUGAUGCCACGGAGACUGAGCACCCAGAGAUACCGCCUGCAACAGCCGCUGCCCCCGCCACCGCCCCCACCACCGCCCCCACCACCUUACUACCCCAGCUUCCUGCCCUACUUCCUCUCGAUGCUGCCGAUGUCGCCCACGGCGAUGGGGCCCUCCAUCAGCCUGGAUCUGGACGUGGACGAUGUGGAAAUGGAGAACUAUGAGGCUCUCCUGAACCUGGCCGAGCGGCUGGGAGACGCCAAGCCCCGAGGCCUCACCAAAGGUGACAUAGAGCAGCUCCCAUCGUACCGCUUCAACCCCGACAGCCAUCAGUCAGAGCAGACCCUGUGCGUGGUCUGCUUCAGUGACUUCGAGGCCCGGCAGCUGCUACGCGUCCUGCCCUGCAACCACGAGUUCCACACCAAGUGUGUCGACAAAUGGUUGAAGGCCAACCGGACGUGUCCCAUUUGCCGGGCCGAUGCCUCCGAGGUGCCCAGGGAGUCCGAGUGAGGCCCCGCAGCCGCCCAGGAGAACCCUGCCUGAAGCUCUGGAAACUCUGGGGGUGGGGGGAGACCCAGGGAAGGCGGGGCGGGGGUGGCGGGGGCCUGCCCCGUCUGUCCCACCUGCAUCUCCAGAGCUGGUGCCAGGGUCCGCCCCACGAGAAGCCCCUGCAAUAAGGCCCUGCGUUUGCCAAGCUCCAAAGAGUCCUCCCCAUCUGCCUGCCUGUGUGCCCACCGCGGGCUGCCGGAGUGUUCCUCACUGUCUCCCUUCUGGUUGCCCUCGGGGUCCUGCUUUGUCCUGCUGGCCCUGGGAGCCGAGGGGAUCCUUCUCCCAGUGUGGCUGGUGGAGACCCUGGCCCCAGGAUGGGCAAAAGCUGGCGGGGGGGAGCGCCCUGUCCUGGGUCACGUGGUCUCUUGCACUGUAUAGUGGAUGUCACAUUGCCAGGUUAGCGGACAGGCUGUGGCUUGAGGCCAUUUCCUGAGCCCCAGGGCUGAGUCCUCAGCCCUGACCCCUGACCCCACCCCCGGACUCGGGCAGCCCACUCCUACUGGACUGCUGUGGGUGGGUCUGGCUUCUGGGGCCCCUGCCCCCUGCACAACAUUCCAGCCUUACCUCCAGGCUGGAGGGCGCCCUGGGCUGGGCACCUGUCUGCCCAGGGUGGGGGCCUGGGCUGGGAGGGGGAGAGAGAGCCCCUGUGUUCCUGGGGCGCCCCCUACCGGUGGCGGGGCCACGCCUGAUCUGAUCUCCCCUCUUCUGUUUUGCAUGAACGUGAGGAGCUGCCGUUUUUGUUAUGCAUUCGGCCCAAACUCGCUUGUAGGAACUGGGGGUUGUGGUAUUUCAGACCGUGCUUUGCUUUUGGUUUCGGGUUGGGGGUGUGUGUGUGUGUGUGUGUGUGUAGGGACCAACCAGAGCCGAGCCCCCACCCCCUCCCCGUCUGCAUGCGCGCGUGUGCGGCUGGGGCCGGGUGGGGUGGCUGCCGGUGGGGCAGGUUGGGGGGGAGGUCUGUGCUCAGCUGAUAACUGCCAAUGCACUGCACUGCGCUCGUCCCUCGAGCCCACCGGGACCACCGCUUUUAAGGGCAUUUCUCCCUCCAGCCAGGGCCCAUCUCCCACCCGCCUGGACCAGUCUCCUCCAGGGACUCCCAGGAGGAUGGGGGCCAGGGAGGGUCUGGAGGAGGCCCCCCCCCCUCUUAGGGGUCUGGCUGAGCUCCCCACCCCCCUUCUCAUCCUGCCCCCCAGCCCCAUCGCUUUCCUUUCCUACCUGUAACUGGGGUUGCUGCCCCGAAUGAACGAACUGCGUGUGGGGCCGGCACAUCCUAGCAGGUGGCUCCUGGCGCCUGCUGCCUCAGGGAUGCUCCAACCACCCUCGUUCUCCCCCCAGCAGCGGCCCUGGCCCCGCCCCCACCACCCCUCCCCUCCAGCCCAGCCCCACCCCCUCGGAGAACCCAAAGUCUUACUGUAUAUAUAACUCCAGGUGAUGUUUCUAUAUUUAUAGCAGUGUUUUACACAGACAACCGCCCUCUCCAGCCCCCUUCCCCUUCCCCACCCCAACAAAAGGUUUUCAAAACCCUUGUGGUUCCUGGGGGCAGGCGGAGACAGGCUGCAGUGGCCAUGGCAGUGAGCGACUGGCUGCUGGGGGGGAGACACAACAUUUAAACAAAAUGAAAAUCAUCAUUUAAAAAACAAGAUUUAUAAAACAAUUAUUUAGGAUGUUUGUGAUUUGCCAACCUUGCUGUAGAUGCCGUGUUAGCAAUGAUUCCUGUGGUGAGGGCUUGUCACUGUUUACUCUUUGAUUUACCAACUCCUGGCCUAGGCGUGACAGCGGGCCCCUCCCCCCAGCCCUGGCUCGGCCCAGCGCCUGUGUUCUGUGCUAGAAAGGUUUUAUAUCAUUACAUAUAUAGAUAUAAAAAUAUAUGUAAUUUGGGGGGCCCUGUUCCUUGCACAUUUACAGUUACCUCAUUUUUCCCAUGUAUGUAUUUGAGAAAAUGCUAAUAUAUAGAGAAAAAAAUGGUUCUUAAAGCUUAAAUGUGUGGUUUUUUCCAUUCCAUUGGAUUCACAUUGGUUUGUAGCAUUUAACAUAACUAGUCUGUUGUAUUAUAUAUGUGUAUACUGAUUGAAAUUUUUAACAGAUUUGUACUUUUUUUAAAAUGAAAGUUGCUAGUUCUGCUUGACCAAGUAGUGCAAUCAUUAUUUUUUUUAAUAUUGUUGCUGAUUUCAGAGGGAUAUUCACUAAUAAAUGUAUGAUGUAUACCGAGUA